AUGGGGCCCGACUGGGUGGAUUUCCUCGAAUACAUCAACACGACCCCGGUCCCCAGGGAGGAGAUCGAGCACUUCCGAACGACGUGGGCUCGAAAAUUCGUCGACGACCCAGCAUACAGGCCGAUCGUGACUUUCUCCAGGAUCCCAAAGUCCAACGGGGUCGACGCCUUCUUCGCGAAGACCAUCCGGUCGCCCACCACCGUGCCGAGCGCGCUCAUGCUGAUCCGCAGAGAUUUCGUCACGCCGGCCGAGGGCCAGCAGAAGCAGCAGCAGCACAAGACGCAUCAAAGACGAAAUGAGGAUAACAGCAUGAACGAAGCGCCGGAUUGUAUCUGGCUGCUCGACCUGCGCUCGGACCUGAACGGGUUCAAAGACACCACGCACGGCGGCGUGCUCUGCGCGCUCAUGGACGAGGCCCUGAGCAUCUGCGUCGAGAUCCACCGCCAGCAGACAACAAUGGGCAGCAGUGCUGGUAACCUGAACCUGUACACCGCGUACCUGACCACCAACUACCGCGCGCCCGUGCUCAACCCGUGCACCGUGGCCGUCAAAUCCAGACUCGAGAGGAGGGAGGGUCGCAAGUGGUUUUUGACCGGGUCUCUCGAGGACGAACAAGGACGGGUCUUGACGGAUGCGAACGGCCUUUGGGUGGUGGCGAAAGAGAGAUUGUGA